UUGACUGAAGAUCUGCUAAUCAUGUCUGGCCAAUAUAAGUAAAGAUAUAGGCUUGUUUGAGCGUUCGUAGAGUCGUCUGCUAGUGGAUAAUAGAGUAUACACCGCCUCAGAAAGGAUUUUAUACUGCAUUUGAGAGGAUGGAUGACGACGACUACAAGACGGAGAGUGAGGUGGAGGCGGACAGCGACCAUGACGACGGAGAAGGCGACACGGACCACGAGUACGGUGGAUGGAUGACACACAAUGUGGACUCUGAUGGCACGGGGACUGUGCGGCGACGGAACAAGACAAUAGUCACACCCAAAAUGGCCAUGGAGAGCUUCCGGUUCUCCUUCCUCAACUCGGAGGAGAACCAGGAUGUUAACUUCGAUGCAAUUCUGGGAGAACUUUGUGAGCUGGAAACUCAGCUGAAUACAACACAAACCGAGCUCUCACGUAGCCUGGGCGGAUACCCGUCCGAGAUGGUCAACGAACAUCAUCCACAUGAAAAGAAAGAUGGAGGCGGAGGUGGAGGUGGAGGAGGAGGAGGAGGAGGAGGGGGUAGUGAUAUGAUUCAGGCGGAGCUGGAUGCCCUCGCAGCCGAGAUCACACAAGGAUUAGGAUACCGCAACAACGUACAUGCAUACAAUGGACAAACGGUGGAUACCACUUAUGACACAGGUGAAACAGACUCGGCUUUCUCGGACAAUGCCUCGUUGCCAUCUUCCGAAUCCUUUACUUCCAUGGUAACGGUGUCGUCGUCUGCAGAUACGACCUCUUCGUCUUCCGGAGAUACUUGCAGUACCAGUAGUGCUAUGUCAGCUGCAACGCUUCAAGGGGAGAUGCAUGCUCAUGUACUUGCCCAUCUCAUCAAGAUAAAGGAAGGAUUAGAUAAAGAAAAUGUGCCCCUUGAAGAACAAAGAGCCCGAUUAAAAGCAGAGAAAAUUAGGAUAGCCCUCGAAAAAAUUAAAGAAGCCAAAAUACGAAAGUUAUUUGUCCGAGCGUUUGCAAAGGAUGGAAGCAGCAAGAGUAUACUAGUGGAUGAGAAGAUGGCUGUUGGUCAAGUGGCCAGCGUCUUGGCAGACAAGAACCACAUGAAGCUGAACACAAACCUCACUGUAAUCGAACACAUGCCGGACCUGCUUAUGGAACGAAUCCUGGAGGAUCAUGACUCGCUGGUGGAAAAUAUGGUUAUGUGGACCCGAGACUCUAAAAACAAAGUUUUAUUUGAAGAAAGAUCGGAAAAAUUUGAUCUUUUUAAACACCCAGAAAAAUAUCUUUUGAUUGGAACCUCCUCUGAGAGAGGUGUUUCCCUGGGCCCAAGUCAGCAAGAACGUUUGAUACAGGAGUUCUUCUCGUCAUCGGGAGUGAAGGUGCCGGAAGUUGAAGGUGCACUUUAUCUCAAAUCUGACGGAAAGAAGGCAUGGAAGAAGUACUUCUUUGUUUUACGAGCCUCGGGACUUUACUAUAACCCCAAGGGCAAGGUCAGCAAGUCCCCGAAGGACCUGGCGUGUUUGGUACAGUUUGACUUUGUGGAGCCCUACCAUGGGCUGGGAUGGAAGAAGAAGUAUCACGCUCCCACAGACUACUGCUUCGCUCUCAAGCACCCACAAAUCCAGAGAAAGAAUUCCAAGUACAUUCGUUACCUGUGUGCUGAGAGCAAGACAACCAUGGACCAGUGGAUUAUGGGGGUCAGGCUAGCCAAGUUGGGGAAACAACUACUGCACAACUACGAGCGUGCUCAGCACGAGAUCUCCAUGUGGGACCUGCGUGACGUCAGUCUGUCCAGCAGCCAGAGAACAUCGACGAAUAUCCCAGACCAGCUGUGUCUCAACAAUGUGGGCAAUCUUCAAGACAGUCGUAUGUCUGUGCCCGAGCCAAGCUCCCGCCACAGCAUCGUCACAGUGAAAAACACAUCUCUAGUCCGGAACAGCGGCCCUGACUGUGAUAACCCGAAUGAAGUGAUUGGGAUCGACGUGAUCCCUAUGCCACAGAGGAAGGGUUCAGUGGGUGGUUUAAGCGGAGGGGAUCCUUCUCCCCAGCCCAAGACACCUGUGAAGAGGGUGUCGUUCAGUAAUACACAUUGUAUCAUAAACGCAGAUUCGUGUGAAGAAAUGGUUCACUUAAGGCACCGAGAUUCAAUAACAAGUGCUUCAACAGAUUCCAGUGAGGAUUCUGCAUCCAGUGGAGAGGGUAAGCAUAGCCAAGGAGGAACGCGGGGGAAGCUACGGCCAAAGCUGCCAGUGACAACGGAGACGACGCGGCAGUUGUCGGAAAUGUUUCAGAUUUCCAUGGAUACAUGCAGUGUUCAGUCAGGUGAUAGUGCAUUCUCUGAUGACAGAAAGUCCUACUUGGAGAAGAGGAGAUCCUCAUCUUCUUCAACGUCCAGUGAUAAACUGAGGCUGCAUUCAGAAAGUGAUCGUAGCAGCAAAACGGAAUCAAUAAAGGAGCAACGGAUGUCGAGCACGCGCAGUUCAGGACCAAUGUCUCCUCUGUCUCCUCCGCUCCAGAGGCAGACUCCAGAGCCUACCUACCAACAGCUAACCUAUCAACAGCCAACCUACCAACAGCCAACCUACCAACAGCCAAAGGCAGCGGUGAUGCAACAAGCACCUGUGCCUCCUCCACAGGAGAAGGCAAUGCCUCCACCACCACCACCACCAUCGGCAGCAGUACAUUCUCCUCAUCCAGUGCCCAGCAACACAAUGCCACAGCCGAACCCAGUCAAGUCUCCUCCUCCCCCUCCUCCUCAGAUGCAGAGGGGUCAAGGGUCUGUUCCACCUCCGCCACCCGGCCACCAGAAGGGUCAUGGAUCUAUGCCACCUCCCCCUCCACCAAUGCAGAACCAAGGGUCAGUACCUCAACCACCCAUUAUGCCGCCGGCACCAACAAUACCUGCUCCAGCUUCACCAGUGCCAACCGGAAUAAAACGACCAGGAUCAACCCCACCCCAGAAUGGCAGGGUGCCUCCACCGCCACCACCCCAAGGACGGGGUCCUCCUCCCCCACCUCCAGUCAAAACCAACCAGGUCAUACACCCGCAAAAACAAAAUCCAAUGUCACCCACCCAAGCACAAAGGCCUCCCAAUACAGCCAUGUCACCUGGCCAGGUACCACGACCUCCAAACUCGGCGAUGUCGCCUGGACAGGUACCACGACCUCCAAACUCCGUGAUGUCGCCUGGACAGGUACCACGACCUCCAAAUUCAGCCAUGUCGCCUGGGCAGGUACCACGACCUCCAAAUACGGCCAUGUCGCCUGGACAGGUACCACGACCUCCAAAUUCAGCCAUGUCUCCACCUCCACCACCUAUGACUGGGAUGCAGAAGUUUACAGGACCAUUUAGUCCCCAGCUAUCUCGUGUUGAGCGCCAGAUGAAUGGGUCGGCUGGACCCCCAACUCGGUCACCUAUGUCACCGGGUACCCCCCCUGGAGGCCCUCCAACAACAGCACCAAAGCCAAAACCACCUCCAUUGUCGCCGGUCGGAAACCAAAACCUUGGAACAAAGUCACCCCGGAAUUCGCCCACAGUUUUGUCCCCUCCUCCACCCAAUGGGAUGAUGCCUAAGGCAGAUUCCCCAAGUGCUAUGGACAAGGGAGCUGGCAUCCCUAUGCCACCACCUAUGCCACUUCUACAAACUCUACCAACACAUAUAAUUUCUCAGAGAAUCUCGCACAUCAAGCACCCUUCUACAGGUACCCCUUUGAGUCAAUCUGUGAAGCAAGGAGCAAAACAACAACAGACAGUAUUGCAAAAGAACCGUGUCACAACAAAUGGUGGUAUGCACGAAGAUCACGACAGUGAAUCAUAUGUGUCAGAAUUAUCCAAGAGGUCACACAAUCAUCCGCCUCAGUUCGGACACAACAUGGCACACGGCAACCACACUGCUGAAUGUGUUUCUAUGCCCAAUCAAAGCAUCGCGGGGGCUAACCAUAGACGAUCAGCAUCAGCGGGGGGCAAUGUUAUGAAACCCCUCGGACCCCCGGUGGCCCAGAAACCAGACAGUAAAAAAGCAAAUCCUCCUCCGCCACCAAAACGCAGCGAGCACACAAGGUUAUCAUCAGACCAAGCCAGGCAGCUGAGACUGCAGCAACAGAAGCAGCAGCAGCAGCAGCAGCAGCAACAACAACAACAACAACAACAAUCUGGGGGAGAAAGCCCAGCAGUGGCUGAUCCUAUCUACGAAAACUGUGAAGGUAUUAUGGACAUUAAUGAGCUUCCUCCACCACCACCUGAGUUUCUGGAAGGACUCUCGCCCCAGCAGCAGGAGCAGCAGAAAGCGCUACAAGCUUGCAAGAAACCUCGUCCUCCUCCCCCGCCUCCGAAACGAAACAAGGAUACUCACCUGAGCCACUGAGUGUUACAUUAACCUGCGUCACAGAGGAUCCGUUGGCUCAAAUUUGCAAUAAGCUGAACUGAUUGUGAGCAGCCAUCUGUGUUCAGUCCUGGAAGGUUCUGAUGUGCCAGAGUGAUGACGUCAUGGCAUUGGCUAUGAUCUGUAAGUCAUUCACGUUAGAGCCUGGAGGUGUUAAUCCAGGGGAACUGUUGUUGAGAGUUACUGCUACUUUACAGAGGUCCGUUAUAGUUGACAAUGUAUUGUUCAUUACGUGUCUUGCCACUGAGGUUGUUAGCAUUAUACGCAAGGGUUGGGUGUCGGCAACUUGAUGGCAUCACUGUAGAUUCUUCGUCUUUGUCCACAUUUUGCAACCACCCUAUUGAUUGUACAAUUUAGCCUCUUUGACCAAUUCAUGUGCCAUAUAUAUAUCUGCAAGCAUAUUACAUCAUCGGUCAAUUAACUUCAAACCUCUCAUUUAACAUUGUGAACGGAUCUCAAACUUACAUCAUUCAAAAUUAAUGAAGCGUACCACUUGGACAAGAUUCUGGUGAGAUUUUUCAAAUAUUUUAAUUUAUUAGUUUGGAACCCAUUUUGCCAAGAAGUCAUGAUUUUGCUAGUUUGUUGUAAGGUUGCUAUUUGGUUGUUGUUUUAGAUAGUGAAAUUAACAAACUACAAGUCAAAACCAGCUUGUAGUAUUUAUUUUGUGUUUUCGACAAAAACAUAAUUAGUGUUGAUAUACACCAAUGAAGGAGCGCUGUUGGAAAAUCUGGUUACCAUGGUUACUGCUUCCAAAUGCUGCAGCUGAUGUAUGCUGAUAGUUUAAGGCAUGUUUAAGGACAGGACUUGUGUAAAAUACUUCAGGAGGCCUUAUGACUUGGUUUUUGAUACUUCGUGAAAUUUACAUUUUAUGUUUAUACACAUAGAUUAGAAAUACCUUACCUGAUUGUCAUUCAAACUUGUCCAGAUCCAAGAUAAUGAAUGAAUGUUCAUACCAGCAUCGGUUAUAGAAUUUCAUUCUUAUGAGUCAUAAUGAAUACUUACACCAACAGAAGGGUUGACAAUAUUCUUACCAGCAUAUAUAAGAAAUAACGAAUAUUUAUCCCAACAUGUCAUAAUGAAUAUUCAUUCAAGUGCGGUCAUAAUUAUUCAUACUAGCAGAGGUCAUACAGAUUAUUUAUACCAGCAUGGGUCAUAAUGAAUAUUCAUACCAGUAGAGGUCAUAAUGAAUACUAGUAUUCAUACAAGCAGAGGUCAUAAUGAAUAUUCAUACCUGAAGAGGUCAUAAUGAAUACUAGUAUUCAUACCAGCAGAGGUCAUAAUGAAUAUUCAUACCAGCAGAGGUCAACUGGUCAAGUUCCUAUUUUCCAACAGUAUCUCCAUCAUUUUUCAUGGUCAUGUCAUUUGCAUAAUAUAUCAUCCUUCACUUCUCAGAUGUGCCAAUAUUUUAUUUUAGUUAAACUGUCAAUAUUUAUGUGAGUCAGUCUUUAGUGACAUCUCUACCCUUUUGUUAUAUUGUUAUGUUAUACUUGUAUGUGCUUCUGUUGACUCUAUGGUGCUCUUAACAUGGCUAGCUGCUUGAACAGGAAGCCUACCAUCCUUUCUAAUUCUCACAUGGCAGAGACCUGUCAUAGCUUUCACUUUCUUUCAAUCUUUGUCUUUUUCUAUUCGCAGUUCUUCUAAUGUGCGAUCGUUGAAACAUUAGAGAUAGCCAGGUUUGUUUUGUUUGUGACAGAUGGUAAUUAAUAUAAGGACACUUGUUGGUGGGAGCGCUGUUUGGAACACGAUGAUGCGUUUGUACAUACUUCAUGUGGCGUUUCCUGUAGGAUACUCUGUGUUAGCUGGGAGUGUACAAUUUCUAUUUUCUGCUUCAAGGGGACAUCUCAAAAUCUUUUAUGUAUUUUUUAAAAUAAUAAUUUUGAAACAAAUACAUUCUUCAGACAUUGUGUCAGGGGAACAGUUUCUGGUUUGAAACAAUUAUCCUACUAUUGUGGUUUGGUAUUUGAAAAGACAUAAGAUAUUUUGAUAUGGUCCCUCAGCUUACUUUGUGCAAUAGACAAUAGACUUUGGUUGCCAGUGGUAACCAGGAUUUGAUGUUAGUCUUAUUGUAAAAACAUUCAUUAAUUGACGAUGUCUGUGUUGAGCUAACUUUCCAGCAAUUCUGUGUAUAUCUGGAUCUCACUAUAAGAUUUCAUGAUGUUUGUCAAACAAAUAUCAAGUUUCAUAUUCAUGCUGAAAGGGGAGAUAAUAUAUUUAUAACACGAUCACAUGUAGUGUAAUUAAAUGGCAUUGUGUCUACAUAUAGACAGUGUUUUAUGAAGCAUGUCGCCAGGUGUGUUUCAUCUUGGGAAGGAUAUUCCUGAAAACUGCUGAUAUUUGAAAAAUGAAUCACUCUUUAUUGUAUUACUGAGUCAAAUAGGAUUUCUUUUGAAAUUAAUACAACAAUUAAAGGUUUAAAAUUUGCAAAAUAUAUUAAGGAUUUGUGCUAUAAAAGUGUGUUGAAUACUAGCCCUCAAACCUGAUGUUAUUUAUACACAGGUAUAGGUGUGUUUUUAUAUCCAAUGUGUCACACUUACAUUUUGGGAGAUAGAGAUAUUCGAAAUAAUAAGUCAGUUUAACAGACAGUAGUGUUAUACAGAAAUAGAUAUUGAGUUUCAAGACAUAUUCCUUCCAGAUGGGUUGUAGGUAAACAUGGCUACAUCAGACUGUAUAGUUGUACUCUGGUGCCCUACAGGUAAUUUGUAUGUGGAUUUUUGUGAGAAAACACGGAAAGUUAUCAGAAUGUGUGUUUUUGUACGAUGACCUGCCAUCGUCUGCUUUUCUACCGACUUAUGCAACUGUCUCCAUAUCGUGAAAUGAACGCUCGUUGUGACAGUGCCUGUGUGCUUGUGUUGUGCUUGAACAAUAACGCUUGCUGAUAUGGAGGAUUGGAUUGUCAACAUAUUCAUGUGGGACUCUGUCUGCUAGUCAAGGAUGUGUAUAUAGUACCCGACUAUUUCGUGUUGUGGGCGAUGUCUAGUCAAAGCCUCCAUCGCCAAGGACGACAGGACGGGAAGUUGCCAGAACAUGCCCUGGUUUUCAGGGAAGUGAUUGUAAGAGCUGGAGGAUUGUCACAGGAAAUGAUCAUCUGAGAACAAUUAUCAUUUGAGAACAAUGAUCUGAAAACAAGGGAAAAUGAGAACCGUGAUCUGAGAACUGUGGUCUGAGAACAAUCGUUUAUGAGAACUGUGGUCUGAGAACAAUCGUUUAUGAGAACUGUGGUCUGAGAACAAUUGUUUAUGAGAACAGUGGUCUGAGAACAAUCGUUUAUGAGAACAAUGGUCUGAGAACAAUCGUUUAUGAGAACAAUGGUCUGAGAACAAUUGUUUAUGUGAACAAUGAUGAUCUGAGAACAGUGACUUUUGAGAUGACGUGAGAACAAGGAUUGUCUCAUUUUCUGACAAUGAUCACUUGACAACAAUGAGACAACAAUGAUUGCGAGGACAUUGACUUCUGACAACGUUAAUCUGAGAAUAAUGUAUGAAAACCAUUUGGAGAAAGUUACUAUGCCAGUCUGCCACACUGUAAGUGAAUGAUUGAACACUAUCAGGGAUCUAGCUGUAUGUUAUACCAUUUAUUGCUACAGGUAUCACAUUGCAAAAGUCUAAUAAUAACUGUUAUGAGAAUUACCUAAUUUAGAUGUUGUGCAAUGGCAUAUAGCUCAUGUAUUUUUGGCUUAUUCAGAAAGGAAUAUUAACACAGUUAGAAAUGACUUUUGUGAGCAUUUCUGUUGUAGAAAAUAUAACAAUUUAGAGUUAAGCAUGUAUUUUCUGCAUCAAAUCAGACAUUAGAAAGUUGGCCAUAUUGUAUAUGAUUUAUCUCAAAUCAUUUUGUAAUUUUGAUUGAUGUUUAAAAAUUUCUACAGGAAAUAUAUGAUAACAUUUAGCCCAAAAGCUCUUUUAUGAAAACCAGAUGACCAAAUUUGUUAAAGAAUGGUGUAUUUAUCAAAUCCAAACUCAAAAUCAAUUUUGAGAUCAGUGUAAAUUUAAUUAUCAGUUUUAUGAAUGAUUCUUGGUAAAUUUCUGUGAAUUGUUUUGCUAAAUCGGUGUGUGCAAUAUAACCCUGAGUAAAUGUUGUCUGCUUUUUACUGACGGUGCCAGUGUUCUGACCUUCACCUCUCAUGUUCUUCUGUUGUUGAUGCUUCUUUUGGAGAAUGCCAUGCAGUCUCGCACAUCAUACCAUGAAAGUCAGGUGCAAAACAAUACAAUACAUACGAUGCACUGUUACGCAGGACGAUGGAAAUACUUCUAAACAAUUAAAAUUUAAUUAAGAUUUAAUUAAAAUUAAAGAGGUGUGCUUCAACAUCAUUUGUUUUCUUUGUUCACAGUAUGACAUAGUUCCUUUACGAAUUAGUUAUGACAAUCCAAAAAUAUUUGUUUGGUUUUAAUUGGGUUUAAGGCCCAAUAAAAUAAUUUAAGAUUAAAUUAAAAAUUAAUUUUGGUUUGUUUAUGUCUAUAUUUAACUAACUGUUGAGACAUCUGUUGAUGUUUAUGAAUUUCACAUGAUACACGUGUGGUAGAUCGAGCUAUGUAUAUGGUGUAUCCUAAGUGAAGAAAGGGGCGGUAGGGUAGCCUCGUGGUUAAAGCAUUUGCUCAUCACACCGAAGGCCUGGGUUCGAUUCUCCACAAGGGUACAAUGUGUGAAGCCCAUUACUGGUGUCCCCUGCCAUGAUAUUGCUGGAAUAUUGCUGAAAGUGGCAUAAAACAAGACUCACUCACAAAGUAAAGAAAGGAGGCAACACAGUAGUUAUCUUCAUCUUCAUCUGUAGUUUGGGGCGGUCGGGUAGCCUAGUGGUUAAAGCGUUGGCUCGUCACGCCGAAGACCCGGGUUCGAUUCCCGCCAUGGGUACAAUGUGUGAAGCCCAUUUGUGGUGUCCCCCGCCGUGAUAUUGCUGGAAUAUUGCUAAAAGCGGCAUAAAACCAAACUCACUCACUCACUCAUUCAUCUGUAGUUUCAUGUGGGAUGUUUGGUAGGGAGACGAGCAUAGAUCUUGAUCUAAUAAUUCAUUUAUAAUGGGCUUAUGUUAAUUGUCUAAGAUACCUUCAGAAUAAUUAAUUGUAAAGAUUCUGUUUUUAUUUUUACAAAAAGCGCCCUGACCAUCUUCUUGACCAAGCUGUAAGUAAUAUUUACCAGCUGUCCCCAUAAGACCCAGAAUUUGAGUGAAAGUGUGUCUAUUCAUUGGUGGAUAUAAGAAAUGUUUUUACAGAAAAUAUUAGCACAGAAGUGGGAUAUAAUUAUAACUGCAUUGUUACUAUUAUUGAAAAAACCAAGCUUCAUCACUUUUCAUCGAACGCUGAAAAUAAAUUAACUUGUUGCUUAUGGUUGUAAUCAGUACCCUUUGUCAGUUUUCUAAGUGCUCAGAGUGUUUAUUACAGCAAAUACGGUAUCUGUUUAAGUACUCACUCUGUUGCCAGGUAGUCCUUGCAUAACAGUGAGUGAGUGAGUGAGUAUAGUUUUACGCCGCUUUUAGCAAUAUCCCAGCAAUAUCAUGGCGAGGGACACCAGAAAUGGGCUUCACACAUUGUACCCAUGUCGGGAAUCGAACCCGGGUCUUUGGCGUGACGAGCGAACGCUUUAACCACUAGGCUACCCGACCGCUCCCUUGCAUAACAGUGCAUCACACUCAUUGCAUGCAAACAGUUGCCAUUUUUAAUCUGUACUCAAAAAUACUUACCUGUAACGAUAGAAAUCAUGUCUGGCGUUUAGAAGUUGGAAGAGCAUGAAGGCAUUUUAAGAAUGUGACGUCUUGCGACUACUUCUUGCCUUGGAAUCAUUUAAACAAUGAGGGGCAAGUAGCCCUAAAACCUUGUUACAACGCUAAAAAUAUUCUUUAAAAAGUUUCAUGGUUGAGUGAAAAUCAUUACCUGAUGAGGGUAUCGGUUGUACUGUUUUUGUUUUAGAAGAAACAUUACAUAAAUCUGUUGUGAAUAUGAAUAUAUUAUAUUAAUAAUAUUUGAGCAUGGUAAAAGAUGGAAACCACGAAGGAUGAUGAGUUUUGAUUGUCCAUGCACACUAGCAGUACUGUUAGGAUGUUGAGUGAGGUUUUUGAGUACAAUUACAUACAUCACAACUUUCUCUAGAAUAUGCUGUUACUCUUGACUGUGGACAAGGCAUCACCUGUACAUAGUCGUCUAUAUUCUGAUGGCCUGUCUGGAGGACACACAGACGUACGUACGACGACACGCAGACUGUGGUGGUGCGUGGUGCUGACAACACGCUGCGAGUGGCCACCCAUAGCUCGGUGUCCUAGUGUGUAGACUGUGAUGUACUCACACCACAUGAUAAUGUACAUUUUUGAAUAAAAUAUAAUGCAAC